GUGUGCUUCUCAUUGGAACGAUUCGGUUAACUGGAAAUUAUUUAAAAUGAGGUUGCACCCAAUUUGGGUGGCUGGCCUUGCAACACUGUUGCUACAACUCCGUACCACAUGGACUGCGAACAUUUUGUUUGUCUUCCCAUUCGACAUGAAUUCGCAGUGUAGUCUGCUGACGCCUUAUUUGCAAGCCUUGCUGGACCGUGGCCAUCAAUUGACUUUGAUACACGCAUUUCCACAUUGUAGUAUCGUGGAACAGUUACACUCAAUAUACAUAAACGAUCGUUAUAAAAUUGCGCUGGAUUUCAAACCCAAUGAGUUCUGGGGCCUUACUAAAUGGGAUGAGAUGAACUUCAUACGCAACUAUAUGGUAAAGACCUGCCUCAAUGUUCUUGACAAUGCAGAGGUUCAACAGCUGUUUCAAUCAAAGAAGAGCUACGAUCUGAUGAUAAUGGAGCCAAGCUAUACAGACGCGCUCUUUGGAAUGGCGGCACAUUUCAAUGCCAAAUUGAUUGGUCUGGCCACAAGUGGCGGGGACUGGAACAUUAAUUCAUUGGUGGGCUAUACGGCCACCUCUACAUUUGAGCCUAUUAGUGUCACUAGCUUCAAGCGUGGCAUUACGCUGUUGGAUCGAUUGUAUAACUGGAUGUUCAUUGCUGAGGAAUGGAUGGUACACACACUUAUAUUUUUGCCAGGCCUGCUGGCAGUCCAUGAGCAUUUCUUUGGCCAUCUUACCCAGAGUUUUACUGAGAUACGUCAGAGCUUUUCGCUAAUAUUGCUGAACCAGCAUUUUAGUCUAUUCGACGCGCGACCCAAUGUGCCCAGUUUGAUAGAGGUGGGGGGCAUGCAUGUGCCCAAGCUGACACCCCAACUGCCACCAGAGUUGGCACAGUUUUUAGAUGAUGCGCCACAGGGUGUCAUUUUAAUGACCUUGGGAACGGAACUACGGAGCAGCGACUUGUCAGCAGCAACUUUGGCAUUGAUAUUGGACACAUUUGCGAUAUUGCCUCAACGCAUUAUAUGGAAAUUCGAGGGAAACCAGCGACCCAAUGCAAGUGCUAACAUCUAUAUGAACGAAUGGCUGCCACAGCAGGCCAUACUGGCGCAUCCCAAUGUCCGACUGUUCAUCAGCCAUGGCGGCAUGCUGAGUAUCAUCGAGGCGGUCUACUAUGCCAAGCCAGUGUUGGGAAUGCCCCUAUUCUUCGAUCAGUUCCGCAAUGUGGAGCGUAUGCAGUUAGAAGGCGCGGCUCUGCUGCUGGACAUCCUUUCACUGACCAGGCAGGACUUUGAGUCAGCUAUCAGACAGCUGCUGGAUCAGCCGCAGUACCGUCAUAAUGUCCAAGCGUUAUCACAGCGCUUUCGCGAUCAACCAAUGCAUCCACUGGACACUGCCGUCUACUGGACCGAGUAUAUUCUACGUUACAAGGGUGCGCCUCAUAUGCGAAUCUCUCCCUUCAACAUGAAGUUCAUUGAUUACUAUUGCUUGGACAAUCUUCUAUUCAUAAUUGUACGUCUUAGUCUUCUCAUUGCUCUCGUUGCUUACGCGCUUCACAAAUUUCGGCAGCUUCUUGAAAGAAAUUCAGGAAUAUUUUUUGUAUUUAAUACGCCAUUUGUGGAAAACAGGCAAAUAAGAAGCGACUGAGUUAAGUGUAUACUAUAAAAAUAAAAGUAUGAUAUCUAAUCUGUGUAGAUACAUAUAUUCUAAUUUAAUAAUAAUUAUUUGAAGUUGUUAGAAUACUGGAAGUACUAUAUAAAUUUACUAUGCAUUUUGUACAUACAAAGCUCUACUGAUAUUCUAAUCUUAU